AUGGCUGCAGAUCCCUCUACGAAACCGACGCUGUUUUCAAAACUAUUCAAGGCCGGCGAGGAGGGCCUUUCAGAUGAAGAGAUCAUUGCUGAUGCGCAGGCGUACAUCAUUGCUGGGAGUGAUACCACGGCCGUUACCCUUACUUACCUGAUUUGGGCGGUAUGCCGGCACAGGGAGGUCAAGCGAAAUCUGCUCGCCGAACUGGCAACGCUGCCACACGACUUCAACGCAGACGAUCUCAGCGAGCUGCCUUAUCUGAACCAGGUCAUCGACGAGACUCUACGUGUAUAUGGCGCACUGCCCGCUGGUCUACCAAGAAUCGUGCCCCCCGGCGGCGCGAACCUGGCCGGCUACUGGGUCCCGGGAGGCACGACAGUCACGGCGCAGGCCUACACGAUGCACAGAAACCCGUUGGUGUAUCCGCGGCCGGAGACAUUUGACCCGUCAAGGUGGGCGACGGCAACCAAGGCAAUGAAAGAUUCAUUAAUGCCGUUUGGGCUGGGAUCACGCAGUACGUUGCCCUCUUCCGUGCUGUCAAGACGCAACGAGGCCGUCGACUACAAGAGCUAA